AUGGAAGCUCUUGUCGCCGUCGGUCUCGCUGGGAAUGUCGUGCAAUUCGUGCAAUUCUCUGGCCAGCUUUUAUCUCUCGCCAAGGAGAUCAAGAAGAUGGGCGCUCCCUCGUCUCUGCUCGGUCUGUGUAAAGUCGCCCAAAACCUCACGCAACAAACUCGGGUAAUCGUGACUCGGCUCAAAGCGAAUACAGCCACACUUGAGCAGGAAGAGCAGCAUCUACUCGACGUGGCCAUGGACUGCGAAAAGACUGGAGAGGAGUUCGUCGCAUACAUCGAUGAGCUCAUUACGACGUCGAAGCCAUCCUCACGCUUAGGGAGUGCUCAAUCAAGUUUUAAGAUAAAAUGGCAUCAUAAUCAUAUUGAAGCGUAUAUUUCUAGGCUGGACAAGUUGCAGGGGUCUCUUUUGCUUGCAACAACGCUUUCUCUACGCACCAGGGAGACUGGCAGCCACCACGAGGUCCUUGAACAUCUCAAAUCAAUAGAGGCGGGAAAUGACUCAUCCCAACAGAACGACGCUGAGCUGAGAAGAGCUUUAAGCCUCUUGCAUGAUCUAGUCCAGCAACAAUCUGGUCCGAAACUAGACAUGUUGCAAAAACAGAUGGACUCAUGCAUGGAAGAUAUCCAGAAGAUUCGUUCCUCGGUCACCGACACCCGAGAGGGAGAGAUUUUACGCUGGCUAGACUUCCGGCAAAGAACAUGGCGGUUCGAGGAGGUCGAGGAAGCGCACCAAACAACGUUCGAUUGGAUCUUCCGAAAACCGCAUGCGAAUACACCCUGGCAUGAUUUCUGUGCUCAUCUUUCCGGGGCGGAAGUUCCCUUACCAUACUUCAUAAAUGGGAAAGCAGGGAGCGGCAAAUCGACACUAAUGAAGUACAUCGUAUCGCAUCCACAAACGAAAGCAGGACUCCGGAAAUGGGCUGGCCAACACAAGCUUCUCACUCAGCACUUUUUCUUCUGGAAUGCUGGGACCCAGUUACAGAAGAGCCAUACUGGCAUGCUCCGCUCUCUACUACACAGCGUACUCACUCAAUAUCACGAUCUCAUACCCGCUGUAUUCCCAACCCUGUAUGCCGACGGAAUUCCCAUCAGCGAUGACGAGCCGCCCUCUUACAUUGAACUCAAGAGUGCCUUUGAGCGAUUGAAGAUUCGAUCUGCAUCUUUUUUGCGCAUCUGCAUCUUCAUUGAUGGUGUUGACGAGUUUGAGGGAGACCAUCGGGACAUGUCAACCUUCCUCUGUUCCAUAGCUUCUUCGGCGAUCAAAGUCGUAGUGUCGAGCCGACCGAUCAAUGCCUGCCUUAAUGUGUUCAGGCAAUCUCCAACGCUAAGGCUCCAGGAUUUGACACAGGAUGAUAUGAGCGUCUUCAUUCGGGACAGACUGAGUUCGCAUCCGAUGAUGGCAGAACUCCAAGCCGAGUCGCCGGAAAAAGCUGCAACACUGAAGGCGGAGAUUCAGGAGAAAGCAGAAGGAGUAUUUCUCUGGGUUCGACUUGUCAUUGGACUUCUACUGCGGGGGCUGGAAGAUGGAGACGACUUCGAUGAUCUUCUUCCUAAGCUUCGUGCCUUGCCAUCUGAUUUACGGGAGCUCUAUACCCGAAUGAUGCAGAAAAUGCCCUCAGACUAUCAGGUACAGGCCUCGCAGAUGUUCCAAAUCUUUGAGUGGUGGAGGCUUCGUGGCAAUGAUGAACCUCUCGAAUUACUCCUGCUAUCCUUUGCCAUCCAACAACCAUCUACUGCGCUUAACUUAAGCACGGAUGCUUGGAAUACCCAGAUGCCAAAGCGUUACUCCGAAAGAAUCGAAGCUCGUGUUCGGAGCCGUUGUUGUGGACUGCUCGAAGUACGUGAGAUCCCGACUGCGAGCAUGUUUUGGCCUCCAACUCCGGUGGUAGCCUACUUGCAUCGCUCUGUAGCUGAGUUUGUGACCAGCCAAGACGUGUGGGACGACAUGCUCUCUCUCACCAGCGACACGACAUUUAGCCCCGGUACACACAUCGCAUUUGGAAUCCUCUCCAUCUUGAAGACUUCGAAUCCUCCACUAGGCGAAAGUAAACAUCUAAGAGCACCUAGGAUUUCAGAUCGAACCAACUACAGCGAAAGGAUCUUGGAUCUCGCCAUGGACGUAUGUCGCCGGAACGCCGAUAACGUUAUUGAAGACUCACUCAUGCUUAAAUAUAUGGAGGCUGUAGAUAAGACCAUGGCUUCGGCAUCGCAGGAUUUGGCAUGCAACUCAAUCGAUCGACAAGAUUGCCAGCUCUUUGCACAUUGGUCCGUUCGAAUGGCCCCGAGCUGCUUGGAACCAGAGACUCUACAUCUCGCCAAUCAUGUGCCCCUCUGGGCCCAAGCCAACAUUCGUAGUUUCGCAGCUUACAACGGAAUUCUUCCCUACCUAAAAGCGGUCAAUCGAACCUCAAAGCUCGUAGAUGUUGAGUUUCUCGUUUUAUUUGCAUUAGGCAGCUGGGUAGAUGGGAAAUUUUCCUUUCCGGACCGGCGGGAGACUCUUUGGUUCUUACUCCAAAUUCUUGGCGACCGUUCUGAACUUGGAAUCGAGUCACCGAUCGGAAACAACACUUUGUGGGAGCAUGCAGUGGUGGUCGCUUACGAUAUCUUCAGUAGCCCGCGCCGUAGAAGGCCUUUAAAUGCGCCCUUCACGGAAACCGUCAAGAUGCCCGGGCAGCACAUUGGGCCACCUUCUCUCGUCACAUUCGAUACGGGUGAGUCAUGGCGAAGUUCAGUCCACGGUAGGCAAGCACUCCAGCAUUACCAUCUAUAUGCGGAAAAGCUAGGACUAGAUCCUCUGGCUGGACUGUAUGGGGAAGAACACGCUUCUAGAAGAAAUGAAACAACGCUCGCGAUGGAUAAAUGGCUGAAUUGGGAUUCGGAGGUGGACUCGCGUCAGGAGUUUAACGAUUCGCUUCUUGACGUAUGUGAGGAACACGUAUUGAUACCUGGACGAGAAUCUGAUGGGUUGUUCAAGCCUCAUGAUAGACUCAUCCACCCAGAGGCCAAAAAGGAAAGCCACAGGGUCGACGUCUCGAAUACACAACAGGCUGCCGACAUACUACGAUUAUUUCUCUCUAUUACCGACAAGCCGAAAGAGUUACUCAACAAGGCGAUAAGGACGCCAAAGCGAUCGACCUUCAAACCGCUGACCAUACUUCGAAAGGCACUAGCUUGGGGACGUGAAAAGACACAGGGGUGGGGUUUGCAAUCAGAAUACCAAUUUCUCUAUCAGCUGGUCGAGCUUCCAGAGGCUUACCAAUCUACAGCUGAGUACCCGGAUCCUUUCGAACCCAGGAACGUCUGGCUUACUCAAUCUCACAGCUCCAUCAGUUAG